UUCAAAAUGGCUACCCUUACGUACAUAUUUACAUAAAUAUAUAAGUGGUGCAUAUUCAUUUUUUGUUAGUACGCGUUACUAGCGACUGAAGAAUAUGUGAGAUCUUAAUAAUAAUAAGUAUCGACGUAUAUUAGUGUUUAUAAAUUAAACAUUUAUAUCGAAGAUGGUGCGCAAGUGAAUAUUAUAAUUACGUUUGUUCUUUUCAAAUUGUUUAUUUUAUUGGUAUUACAGAAUUUCAUAUAGCGUUACUUUACAUACCGACGUUGGAGAUAUAAAGAUAGAAUUAUUUUGUGAAUUGUGUCCAAAAACCUGUGAGGUUUCAUCGUGCAAACCGGGGAUCCAACACAAACUGGCAAGGGUGGAACGUCAAUUUGGAACCGUAAAUUCGAAGAUGAAUUUAAAGAAGAAUUGAAACAUAAUACGAGAGGUCUUGUGUCUAUGGCCAAUAAUGGUCCAAACACUAAUGGAAGUCAAUUUUUUAUAACUUAUGGUCCUCAACCGCAUCUUGAUUUGAAAUAUACCUUAUUCGGAAGGGUAAUAGAUGGUCUAGACACUCUGGAACAACUGGAAAAGCUUCCUGUGAGCCCAAAAAAUUAUAAGCCGCUUACAGAAACACGAAUAAACAAUAGUAUAAUUGAAAUGUUUUGCGAUACGCAAGCAGACACAUGUACUCCAGUAGCAGCCAUCGAAUGCAAAAUAGAUGAAAGGCUGCGUAGUAAAGAAGAAGUUAAUAAGCAAUCAAUGACUGGGCUUACUCAUGAAUGUGGAGUUUUUGGAUGCAUCGCAGCGGGUGACUGGCCAUCUCAAAUCGAUGUGGCUCAAGUAAUUUGCUUAGGUUUAGUGGCAUUACAACACAGAGGUCAAGAAAGUGCAGGCAUUGUUACGAGUGAAGGUGUUUGUUCAAAAUCUUUUCAUGUCCACAAGGGUAUGGGAAUGAUUAAUAAUAUUUUUAACGAUGAAAAUAUGAAGAAAUUGAGUGGAAAUCUUGGAAUUGGCCAUACUAGAUAUAGUACAAGUGCAGCAAGCGAGGAAGUUAAUUGUCAACCAUUUGUAGUUCAUACUGCACAUGGAGCAUUAGCAGUUGCUCACAAUGGAGAACUAGUAAAUACAGAAUCAUUAAGGAAAAUGGUGUUAGGACGCGGUGUUGGAUUGUCAACUCAUUCAGAUUCUGAAUUAAUAACGCAAGCCCUUUGCUUGAAUCCUCCAGAAGGUGAAGUCAAUGGACCAGAUUGGCCAGCUCGUAUAAAGCAUCUUAUGCAAUUAGCACCAUUAUCAUAUUCGUUAGUAAUUAUGCAAAGAGAUACGAUAUAUGGCGUGCGAGAUCCUUACGGAAAUCGUCCAUUAUGUCUUGGAAAAAUCGUACCAAUUGGUAACUUAGCAGGAAGUGAAUCAGAUGAUGACGAUGAACCUGAAGGUUGGGUGAUUUCGUCCGAAUCGUGUGGAUUUUUAAGUAUCGGGGCACGAUACGUACGCGAAGUAUUUCCUGGAGAAAUUGUAGAAUUGACACGCGAGGGUAUUAAAACUAUAGAUAUUGUUGAGAGACCAGAUAAAAAGCCUCAGGCGUUUUGUAUCUUCGAAUAUGUUUAUUUUGCACGCAGUGAUAGCAUUUUUGAAGGACAAAUGGUAUAUUCUGUCCGUAUGCAAUGUGGCCGAGAACUUGCUUUGGAAUCGCCGGUAGAAGCAGAUAUAGUUAGUUCAGUACCUGAAUCUGGAACUGCAGCAGCGCAUGGUUAUGCCAGACAGUCCCAAAUACCUUUUGCGGAAGUAUUAUGUAAAAACAGAUACGUUGGUAGAACAUUUAUCCAACCUAGUACGCGACUCAGGCAACUUGGUGUAGCAAAAAAGUUUGGAGCUUUAUCGGAAAAUGUAAAAGGGAAAAAACUUAUUCUGAUAGACGAUUCAAUUGUCAGAGGAAAUACCAUUGGACCUAUUAUUAAAUUACUUCGUGAUGCAGGCGCAAAGGAAGUUCACAUUAGAAUAGCUUCACCUCCGUUAAAAUAUCCUUGUUAUAUGGGUAUUAAUAUACCAACAAGAGAAGAAUUAAUUGCUAAUAAAUUGGAUAACGUGAAACUAGCAAAACAUGUCGGAGCUGAUAGUUUAACGUACCUUUCUGUAGACGGUCUUGUGAAGGCUGUAAGAUUUGGUAUGGAUAACCGUGAAAGUAAUUAUAUUGGACAUUGUACCGCUUGCUUGACCGGAGAUUAUCCAGAUGAACUUCCUGGUGAUUUGGAUUGGUGAACGUAAUAAGCAAUUUUAAACACAACAAAUAAAAUGCGUAUAUCGACGUUUCUAAGCUCGCAUCAAAAUUCCUAAAUAAAAUCUGCUUUGGUGCAAUUUAA